AUGGUCAAGAUAAUUGAAGGAUUACACGUUGGAAGUUUUAACGCGGUUAAUAAACUAUUCUUGCCAACAAAAUCAGAUGAGUAUAUAGAAACAUUCAAAAAAUGUAAUGUUGAGUCGGAUUCCGUACAAAAUGUUAAUACUGCAAUCGUUUCAGUUUGCCACGAUGUGCCAUAUUGGUGUCAAGUGAGAAGUUCAAGAGAGAAUAAACACUUUGCAGUAAAAGAUGAAAAGUUAUCGGAUUUGUAUAAUAGCAAUUUAUCAAAUUCCUAUUUAAAUUUGCAUUUUGACCUCGUUUUACCCUCAAAAGAUGAUGAAUCUGAUGUCGAGUUUGAGGAUGGGCCCAUGUUUGUAUUACAUUCAAUUAUAUUCGCAGAUGACCAACCUGAAGAAAGAUUCUACAAAGCAUUUAAAUUUUCAUAUGAGUUAUUUGAAUACAUACUAUCGCUGGAAAAAGGAUUAGUUUAUGUUCACUGUCAGCUGGGACUGUGUAGAAGCACUUCAUUAAUAUGUUCUUAUUUGAUGAGGAAGUGGAAAAGGCCUUUCCUGGAAGUUAAAAGGUACAUGAAGUCUGUCCACCCAAAGACUGCAAUAAGCCAUUACUUCGAAUACCAGAUGAUCUUGUAUUAUAAAAACGGGUUCAAGAUCGAGGACGAGAAUGUGUUCUUCAACUACUACCUAAAAACACUAGACAGUUAUCUUAGGAACAGACAUAACCUGAAUUUGGAAACAGAGAAGGAUCCCCAAUUUGUAUAUUCCUGCAAAACCUGCAGAACUACCCUCUUUUCUGAUAACAACAUCAUUAAACAUGAAGAAAAUGGAAAACAACACAAAGCCUCUGAAUGUAACAGCAUUUUCAUUGAACCGAUGAUGUGGAUGAAGGAUCUAGAGUUGCAGAGCGGCAAGAUGCUCUGCAGUAACGAUAACUGCAAUGCAAAGUUGGGUUCCUUCUCAUGGCAUGGUCGGAAUUGCUCGUGCGGUCACCUUCAAGUCCCUGCGUUCCAGGUCCAAAUGUCCAAAGUUGACAGGUUCGAGUAUUCCAAUGACGACGUGCCUCCGAAGGAUGACAAUUUGCAAGUUAAAUGA